UGCCGGCCUGACUGGAAGUCUUCUGCUACGUCCUCAAACCAAAACCGUGUCAGUCAAAGUUAAAGUUGCGGCGUGGACGGUUUCUGCGACGACACCGACGACUUUGGCUGACUUUUCUUAUUUUCCUCUUUCCGAGGAGGGAAUUCUUCGACAGACCUGAUGUCUCCGGGCGGCUGCACGUGAUCCGGUAUGGAAACAUUGUCUUGCACUUCUGCAGAGCUGCACAGGACCCCGCUGCGGCUCUGACUGACACCGACUACCACCGCUGCUGCCCCGGGUAGUAUCUCUAGCAUGCCACGCAGGCAGCUAACUUCUCUAAAAGCUAGAAAAGUUUGCCUGCAGCUGAAAAGUAUGACUCUUUGAGGUGUUUUUUUAAUGGGUUUGUUGUUGUAAAAGCGUAAGAAUGAUGAAGGUGAGAAGAUACUUGAGGGGCAGUGGGAGGGUCCUGGCGUUUGUAUUCGUCGCCUCCGUCAUCUGGCUGCUGUUUGACAUGGCCGCACUCCGGUUGUCAAUAAACGACGUGAACAGCCAGCUGCUGAAGGAGAGAGUCAUAAGAGAAAGAGAGGUGCUCAAACAGCAGUCCAAAGUGACGCAGCUCAUGAAGAGGGGCUUCAAACACCCGGUGCAGAGGGUGGACUGGACGGUCGCACAGGCUGGGAAAGGAGCCCUCAACUCCAGCACCAAACUGGCCGAAGUGUACAGACACAAAUUCAGAAACUCUGCUAAAGAACAAAGAGUGGUUCCUAAACCUACUCAUGCCCUAAAUCAGAAUGUCACGCCAAAGCAGGCCGCUCCUGCCAAGAAAAAAGCAGUAAACCUGGAUCUGAAUGUAACCCAAGUGCCACCAGGUGUUCAGGAAAACAAAGCAACCUCAAAGAUUGGACUUCAUAAAACUUCUCUGGACAAAAAGGAUUUAACGAUAAAAGACAAAGGUGAACCUGCAAAGAAUGGAACAAAAGUGAGCCAGCUUCAAGCCGAGGAAGAGUCACGCCCUGUUAAAACAACGCCUCGCCAACCUCCCAACAAGGAUGUGAACAUAAAGAAGGAAGAAAUAGAUAAGGGGCAGGUCAGGACGACUGACAAGAGUAAUCUGAAUGCGCAGAGGGAUUCCCUGAAGCCUACAAUCAGUACCAAAGCAGGGAAUAACUCCUCUGCUGUCAGGAAACCAGGUGUCCACAAAGUGCUUUCUCUGGAUGUGACUCAGGCUCCUAGAGAUGCUCAUGCUGUGGGCCAGUUUGGUCAGGCAGCGCUGGUUAAUAGCAACGAAGACGCAGAGGUGAGGAGGAGAUGGGACGAAGGCCAUUUUAACGUCUACCUCAGCGACCAGAUCCCAGUGGACCGAGCCAUCCCAGACACCAGGCCAGAGAUGUGUGCGCAGAAUAUGGUCCACGAUGACUUGCCUUCCACCAGCGUGAUUUUCUGUUUUGUGGAUGAGGUGUGGUCGACGCUGCUGCGCUCCGUGCACAGCGUGCUCAACAGGUCUCCCCCACACCUCCUCAAAGAGAUCAUUCUGGUGGAUGACUUCAGCACUAAAGACUAUCUGAAGGAGCAGCUGGAUAAGUACAUGUCCCAGUUUCCAAAAGUGCGAAUCAUUCGUCUCAAGGAGCGUCAGGGUCUGAUCAGGGCAAGGCUGGCUGGAGCUGCUGUUGCCAAAGGCGAGGUUCUCACCUUCCUCGAUUCCCAUGUUGAAUGUAAUGUGGGAUGGCUGGAGCCGCUCUUAGAGAGGGUCUAUCUGGAUCGUAAGAAGGUGCCCUGUCCGGUUAUUGAAGUCAUCAGUGACAAGGACAUGAGUUACAUGCUGGUUGACAACUUCCAAAGAGGUAUUUUCAAAUGGCCUUUGGUGUUUGGCUGGAGUGCAGUGCCAGAAGAGUACAUCAAGAAGAACAACAUGACCAUUGCAGAUCCAAUCAGAUGUCCAGUUAUGGCAGGAGGCCUUUUCUCCAUAGACAAAAAGUACUUCUUUGAGCUUGGGUCCUAUGAUCCUGGUCUGGAUGUGUGGGGUGGAGAGAACAUGGAGAUUUCUUUUAAGAUCUGGAUGUGUGGAGGAGAAAUCGAGAUCAUCCCCUGCUCUCGAGUGGGUCACAUUUUCCGAGGGCAGAAUCCCUACAAGUUCCCCAAAGACAGGCAGAAGACGGUGGAGCGUAACCUGGCCAGGGUGGCCGAAGUGUGGCUGGACGAGUACAAGGACCUUUUCUAUGGCCACGGCUACCACCACCUGCUCAAUAAAAAGGUCACUGACAUUGGCAACCUCACGGAGCAGAUUGCGCUGAGGAAGAGGCUCAAGUGCAAGAGCUUCAAGUGGUACCUGGAUAACGUGUAUCCUGACAUGGAUGCUCCUUUAGUCAAAGCUGAAGGCCUGGUCUUCAAUCGUGGUCUAAGAAAAUGUCUCGCUGUGCAGAAAGGUUCUUUGUCCUUUGAGAGAUGUGAUCUCAGCAAGCAGAGUCAACACUUUAAUUACACCUGGAUGAGGCACGUGAGGCAGCAGGACCUGUGUGUUGCUCCUCAAGGCAAAGGCAGCGGCUUUGCUUUACUAUCAUGUGACAACACCAAGCCUGAGCUCCACUGGUUCCACAAAUCCUCCACCUCCGCUUUAGCGGAGCACCUCAUAGCAGAGUUUGUUUCCCACCACAUGUGCCUGGAGGCAGAACCUCAGAGUGACACGCUUCGUCUCAACCCAUGUGAACCCAGCAACACCUUCCAAAAGUGGCAGUUCACACACUACAACGUUUAGCGAGGAGACUAAAUUGAGUUUUAUGUGUUAAUCAUGCACUAUAGAAACCUCCAGUGGCCUCACACUACACUGUGGUCUGCGGUCCUGCCCCAAAACACGCCAGUCCAGAGGAAAAAGGAAGGCUUUGGUGGCAGUAGCGUCAUAUAAAGUAAAUUGUGUGGAACUGUGUGCCAGAGGAAUAUUUAUCUAUUCAGGAGGACUUUCUAUUUGUUGAAAAUAUCGUCUACGCUGGCAUUUGUGGAAAAGUGCCUGAGAUGACUGUUUAAGAACUGGGAUUCAAAUGGAUGUCUAUGGAAGAACACUCCGUCUGAUUAGUUUAGUAUAACAUAUGAUGCAAAGAUUAAAGGUUUAACAGUAUGGGACUUACUGGGAGUGAAUGAGUUAAACUGCAUGUAUUGUCAUUUUGUUUAAAACAUAUCGCAUAUUUUCGGUGAGACGCUACUUUUUCAAGUUGUAUUUUUAUUUGACGUGUCACUUGGGUAAAACGGCUGCUUCUGUGGUUUUAAAUGCUGCAUUCUUUCGGUUGAGGUUUUGUUGUGAAAGUGAUCCCUUUGGUAUGAUUUUUCUUUUUGUCACUAGAGGGAAGUGUUGUUUCAAAACACUCAAUAAACCUGUGCUGUGA